AUGUCAGGAAGUGAUUUUCGUCUGCUUGAUGAUGACACUCAGUUCAUGGACAAGUAUCCUAAUGGGCUUUCUUUAGUUGAUUUGCUGCCAUUUUAUGACUCCAUCGCUAAAAAUGAACCGCUUAAAUUAGAAUGGGUUUGUCCAGGGAAGAUCGAUCCUAACGUUCAGAGGGAAACAACCAAAAUUCGUACCGAAACAAAUGAUAAUCCUGCCCCGAAGGUUUCAGAAUCCUUAACUAGUAUUGUAAAGCUAAAGGAGUUCGACUUUGAUGAGUCUCCAAACCAACCAUCUAUUCCUUCAGUUCCACUUGGUGCUGCUGCUCAAAAUGCAAACUUGCCACUUAGACGUCUAGCAGGCACUUCCAGACAUCCGCCUCGUCAACCGCGUGUAGCUAGUAUGGAUAAAAUAUUAAAUGACUUUUUCAAAACGCGCAAAGAGCCUUCUUCCCCUGCGGUUGUGACUGAAAUAUCCACUUCAUCUAUUGCUCCAAGUGCUUUACAUUGUAUUCCAUCGUCUGAAAUUUCCCAGGAUAAACAAGAAGCCCUUGUUGCUGAACUAGCUAAAGCUUCAGUGUCACCACAAGUUUAUAAUCAUCCAGAUAAUAUACCUUCAGAUUUCACACCACACGACAAUUCUAAUGUACGAAUUACCUCAAUUGAUCAGGAGAUUUCUGCUUCUGUUGUAAACAUUUGUGAUGAAAGAAUAAUGGAACGUCAUAAAUUAGAAGAUUAGUAAACACAAGAAAAUAGUAAGUAUACCAGUUUAAAACAUGUUUCAUAAAUAUUUAUUAUCAUCAUUAUUAAUUUAUUAUGUAGAGAACAAUACGUUUUGUUGAAAAGUCAGAUGUAAACAGAUCAACUUGUUCAACACUAUUCUGCAUAAACGUGUAUUGAACAUUGACAAUAUUAAAAGUCGAAGGUAAUAAACAAUUGAUAUAAAUACCAACCCACCUGAACAACGAUUGUUGUGUCAUGUACAUGAGUAUAUUGAAUGGAUAGACGAUAUACAUAUAUAUAUUGUUUGCAUAGGCGUGAAUUUGUAGGUAUUUGUCAUGAUGGAGA